UCGCCAACCACCUUGUUUCUCAUUGCGCGUCCAGCGGAUCCAGAUUGUCAUGGCGCAUGCAAUUCUUUCAAUGUCCCAGAUCUGUCUGUCUAUCCCGUCAUUAAUCGUCCCGAAUGGGCACGGGCCUGUCAAACUCGUGCAGUUUUGUUUUCCUUCUACCUACCUAGGUAUAUACUGUUGUUGCGCAGUGUCCCUCUAAUUACCUCCAUCGUUCCUGCUUGUUUGCCGUUUUGUUUGUGCGCGGCGGUCGCUCUCGAGACUAAUGUUGGGUUGAAGCUGUGUUGUCUGCAUCUUUCUUGGAUAUACUGUCGUUAUAGACCAGAGCGCCUCAUCAUCAUGCUCCCUCAUUAUCUGCCACUCGUUGGCGCUUCUCUAAUCGCCCUUGCGGCAGCCCAAGAUACGGUCUCUCUAGCCAUCACUGCCAAACCCACCGCAGGCGCAUCGAAAAUCAUCAGUCCCUCGUUCGCCGGCUUCGGUAUCGAGUCCUCCAACCUCUACUCUUUCACGGGAGGGAGCUCGGAGAACCAGCUCACCAAGAAUUUGUUGGCGAAUUUGGCAAACUACACGGGCACUCCGCCGCACCUACGCAUAGGAGGAAAUACGCAAGACUACUUUAUUUAUGAUCAGUCACAAAAUGACUAUACCUGCGAGCGAAACCCCAACCCGGUCGGUCAGGGCAACUAUCCCGCCGAUAUGUACAUUAUCGGUCCUAGGUACUUCGAGGUCAUCAAUCGAUUUCCCAGCAACACUCCCAUCACUUUCGGGCUGAACCUUGCCUAUGAGGAGUCGGACUACAUUGACCAGAUAACGGCCAUGGCAACUGAAGCUGUAAGGGGGCUGGACAAGGUCAACUUGGUCUCUUUCGAGAUUGGCAAUGAACCCGACCUUUACCUGCAGAACGGGUUUCGAACCGGCAGUUGGGGCGGUCAGGUCUAUACCCAAGAAUGGCUGGAUCGCGCAAGUGCUGUCUGGCAGCAAGUCCUCAAACCCAACGGCCUCCCAAGCAACUUCUUUGAGCCGGGAACUACUGCUUCCACCAUCGGCACUUCCUUCAUGAUCCAAGAUCUUGACCAGUACGGCAUUACCGUGCAAGCUAACGACUCGAGCAAUCCGUACAUUGCCAGCUGGAACCAGCACGACUAUUAUUACUACAUCGGAGUGUCGACUUACCCUCUUACGCAGUAUGCCUUCAUGACACUGUCCACGACCAAUGAUCAAUUUGCUGCAUGGGUUACUCAAAUACAGCAAGCCUUUGACACCCCUUAUCCUUAUGCUCUGCGUGAGAUGGGUGUCGUUGGCCCCAUCGGAAUGGAUGAUAUCACGAACGUGUUUGGGGCGGCCUUGUGGACGCUCAACUUCCUUCUCUAUGCCGCUACCCUGAAUAUUUCCUCGGUUCAGCUGCAUAUGACCGAUAAUAGCAAUGCUAGUGCCUGGCAACCAAUCGAAUACUACGGCAACCAGCCGUUUGUACGACCCAAUUACUAUGGCAUUGCCGCUUUCGAUCUGGCUAUUGGGCCCAGCUGUCAGGCCCAGGUUGGUGGUUACAUCUUGAACGAUCCCCCUGGCAACUACGGCGGCCGGAUUGCUGCAUAUUCCAUCUACCAAGAUGGUACCCUUGCGACAAUUGUCCUGAUCAAUUCCAACCCCGCCAAUGUUUCGGAAACAAACAAACCGACCCUGACUUUUGACCUGUCGCUGCCGACGCAAUUUGCCGGUCAGGAUUUGUAUCUGGCCUACCUCACCAACGAUGGUGCCGAUGCAAAACACGGUACAACGUUUGCUGGUGUGAGCUACGAAGAGAACGGUGACGGUACGCCAACUCGAGUCAAUGAUACUGUGGUCAGUGUCAAGAUUGGAAACGAUGGAAGUGUUGCCGUUCCUGUCCGAGACACACAAGCUGUUGUUGCCAAUAUCGGGUCGCCACUCGCGCAACGAAGUCCCAACGCAAGCGCCUGUUCGGCUCUCGCAUCUAGUACACCAGACGCCAAACCAGCAACGUCUGCUGUGGGAACCAGCACGGCGUUCAGCACGUCAUCCUCAUCAACUCAUACUAGUGCAGCAUCGCGUACCGGCAGCAGUGCACGGGCAAGCAGCACCAAUGGUGUUGCCGGCCUCUCUACGAUGAUUUUUGGUACCAUGGCAUCGGCGUUCUUGAGCGGAGUUUAUUUGCUCCUGAUAUAAAUUGGUGGUUAAUUGUUCAAGACAUGCACCUACGAUAGACGGCGUUUUACGAACCUUUUGUCUCAGGAUUAUGACAGAAAGAUGCUUUUGAUGUGGAGUUGGCCUUUUUUCUUCUUGUCCAGGAGGCCAGACAGGUUAUUGAAAGUUGACGAACUUGGGACAGUCCGAUGGAGAUUGUCACAGCAGGGAGCUGCCGGUACUUUGUUGGCUGGACAUGUUGGGGCAUCACAUAAAGCGCCUGCACUGGAUUAGAUUAUCUAGACUGGCAUAGCUAUUGAUAAUGAUUAAUGGUACUGGUUCGGGAAUGUUGAGAAGCCUCGAAAAUG